AUGCACCGGCUGUGCACCUCGGAGGCGGCGACGCGUCACGGCGUCGCCUUGGCGCAGCCGCGCAGGCUUGCACGCCUCAACCGGUCACCGUGGGGAUGCCCGCACGGCGGCGCCCACAGGGCAGUUCUGGUCGCUCGCGGCGUGCCAGACGGCUCGAGCGAAGACCCGCGGACUUCGGCCAACGGCGCGGCCGGCGCGGCCCACGCCACGACGCCUGCGGCCAAUGGAGCGCGUAAUGCGAAAAGCACCCGCCUCGCGGUGUCCAGGGACGGCAACGGCGCCGCGGGUGGCGCCCAGCUUGCGCGCAAAAGCGAUGCAAGCGCGGACAGGGCGGCUAUCCGCGCUCUGCAGGCCGAGCUCAGCGCAGCUACCUCGUCGCUCGUCGAGACGUCCGCAGCCCUCGAGGCCACGCAGGAGGCGCUCAGGUCCCAGGUCAUGCCCUACGUGAAGGCGAAAGAGGCCGAAAUGUCCGCGGCCCUGGCCAAGAUCGAUCAGCAGGACGAGGCCAUCGCCGUUCUGAAGAAGGACCUCUCCAUGGCCCAGACGGACGUGGAGGAGUCGAACGCCCUCAUGGGCCGCGCCCUCGACGCCCUCACCCACCUCUCGCAGGAGAAGGCCCAGCUCCGCGAGAGGCUCGCGACGUCCACCUCGCAGCUCGCCGACGCCCAGUCGCAGAUCGCGCGCUUCGGGGAGGCCAUGGCGCUCCUGAACCAGGGCCUCUCGACCGCGAGCGCCGCCUCUGACUGGGCGGACUCGGGGGAGACGCUCGAGGAGAUCACCACGCGGGUCUCGGAGCUGCUCGCGUCCGUGGACGAGGAGCUCGACCGCGACUGGUCCGUGAGCGCGGAGGAGCCCGCCGACGGGAAGGCCGAGGCUGCGCUGGGGACGCUCCAGCAGCUGAUGAGCUCCGUGGUCAACGGCGCGGACGCGGACGCGGACGGCGGCGCGAAGCAGGCGAACGGGAAGGCGCGGACCACGCGGGACGGCGCGCCGGGGUCGCUGUGGGGCGACGGGCCGGGCCCGGGGCCGGCGGUGCAGCAGGAGGCCGCAGCGGCCGAGGCGGAGAUUGGGGCGGACGACGAGCGGGUCGCGGUGCCGGUGGGGAAGAGCAAGGCCGGCGUCGCGGUGCCGGCGCGCGGGAUGCGGACCGGCGCGGGCUCGGCGAACGCGGUCGAGGCGCUGGGGUUCAUGGCCCAGGAGCUGGUCAAGGACGCCAAGCUCGACCGGCAGCUGUCCGACUGGCGGCGGAGGCUGAUGGGGAGGACGCGGGAGUAG